AUGACGGAAAAAGAUAAACAGUUAAAAGUGAUUCAAGUGGAAUUGAAGAGAAAAUCUAAUGAUAUCAUUUGGAGUUAUGGGGUGUUAUAUUCCAAAGAGAAACGAGAUUGGAUCACUUGCAAGUUAUGUAAGAAACUUAUUAAAGGAGGUGUUCAUAGAAUGAAACACCAUAUUGUUGGUAUUGUUGGACAAGUUGAAGCAUGCCCUAAAGCAUCCGAUGAAGACAAAAGAAGAGUCAAAGAUUUUCUUGAAAAUAUUUAUGAUAAAAAACGUGCAAAUGCUGAAGAGCUAAAAGAAGAGAGAGCUGAAGUUAAUAUAGAUGUUGAAGAUGAUUUGACAAUUGAGACAAAUUCUGUUCCCUUCCAUGCAAUUUACAAUUCAAGUUUUCGACAAUUUGUAGAAGCGAUUGGACAAUUUGACCCAAGCUACAAAACUCCAAGUCAAUAUCUUCUAAGAGAGCCACUUUUGAAGCAAGAAGUUGAGAAAACUAAGUUAUCUCUAAAAAUACAUGAAGAAGAGUGGUUGAAAAAUGGGUGUUCAAUAAUGACCGAUGCAUGGACGGACCGUUAUAUUGAAGAAUCAAUGGAAGCUCACACUAGGACUUACAUAUUCGAGUAUGUGGAAAAAUAUAUCAAUAAAAUUGGACCUCAACACGUUGUUCAAGUAGCAACGGACAACGCCACAAACAAUAUGGCAGCAACUGAGUUUUUGAAGAUAGUGAAGCUCAAGAUUGGCUUAUUGAGGGUGGUGAUGAAGAUGAGGUCGAGCGAGGUUCAGGACUUACUUGGAAGAUGGUGGCAGAGGCUUCAGGGGGAAGAUGAAGUACUAAGACCAAGGAGGAGUGAAAUGAGCAUCACCAUUAGAGAAAUUGACGAGGAUUUAAAUACAUCAGAUGAGGAACAUGAAGAAAAAUGUUGA